GCUUGUUCACCUCGUUCUGUGCUCUGCUGCGAAUCGUUUCAUGCGGGCUUUACGGGUAGCUUCGUGCAUAGCUUCUUGAACAAUCGGUGUCUCAGAGGUUCACACUCUGGUCGAAGCAGCAGCAGCACAGGCGAAGGCGAUUAAAGGCGAUGUUCAUCGGAAACGACACAGACACCAAACGCCGUGAUUAUUCGCAUCUCAAUGGAUCGCUGAGGAUAUCGACCAAGGGCUGCGCAGAGUAAGAAAAAGGUUUCAUACCCACGGGGCGGGAAGGCGAAGACGCUCGUACAGGCGCAGAGAUACCUCAACUCGAGAAAUAACUCAACAUCAACAAGGAACAAGGACGCCACGCGAUCCAAUCCCCGCCCAAUCAAUGGAAUGUAUUUGUAAAGCGAGCGCCGGCGGUCAGCGAAGCCUCCGGGUUGCUCGGUCCCCUGACUGAACGCGCGCGCACACAUAGAUGUGUUUAAAACCCUCAACGAUGGAGAGGCAACAAACCUUAUUGCACUUGUUUUCCGCUUCGCUUUUCCCAGCUCGCUGAGCUCUUCCACCUCCCAUUUUCUCUACGAUAGACGUUACCGACCGACAUGCCGAACGGACUGCGCACCGUCUCCGUGGCCCUGCUCCUCACUCUGGGCGCGCAUGCUGCGAGCUCGGCGCCUGCACCGACGUCGCAGGCCGAGCUCAUCAGCGCGCUGAAGAACGCGCCGACGGCGAACGACCGCAUCGCGCUCCUCAGCAAGGACUCAGACUUUGUGUUUGAUUUUGCCGACCCGGCGAAGAAGGCGACCAAGGGCGCGGGGGGAAGCAUCGUCCUCGCCAACGCCGCGUCCUUCCCCGCCGUGAUCGGGCUGAACUCCGCCAUGGCGACGGGGUUCCUCGACGCAUGCGCGAUGAACACACCACACACGCACCCGCGCGCAACGGAGAUGCUGAUCAGCGUGAACGGCACGCUCCGCACGGGCAUGAUCACGGAGAACGGCGCGCGCUUCGUCGUGACGGCGCUGCACCCCGGCGCGAUGACCGUCUUCCCGAUCGGCUCGAUCCACUUCCAGGUCAACGACGGGUGCGCGCCCGUCCAGUUCGUCUCCAGCUUCAACGGCGAAGAUCCCGGCGGGAUGCAGGUCGCCCAGCGCCUGUUCGGUCUGGCUCCGGACGUCGUCUCUGCGACGCUAGGCGACAUCGGCGUGGAGAUAGUCGCGGGACUCGACGCACAGAUCCCGGACAACGUGAUCGCCGGGACGGCCGAGUGCCUCAAGCGGUGUGGGAUCACGCGCCCCGCGCAGGGCACGACGCAGCGCCAGCCGCGCGUCUCCGGCAAUGCGUUCCCCUCUGGGGUGAGCGCCUCGAUGUACAGCAAGCCGACGGGCGCACCGCCGAUAUCGCAGACGGCGGCGUCGAAGCCUUCGGCCACCCGGAUGACGCACUUGAUCAAGGUCGGCGCCAACGGACUCACGUUCACACCGUCGAAUAUUCAGGCAGCUGUUGGAGACAAGAUCUCUUUUGAGUUCCACCCAAAGAACCACACCGUGACCCAGUCAAACUUUGCCAACCCCUGCAUGCCGCUGCAGGCCAGCACCGGCGUCGCAGGGUUCAAGUCCGGGUUCAUGCCCGUCAGUGCGAGCGCGACGACGUUCCCGACCUUCAAGAUCACUGUGAACGACACGAACCCCAUCUGGGGGUACUGCGGGCAGCAGGGCCCGCCCGUGCACUGCACCUCCGGGAUGGUCUUCUCGAUCAACGCGCCGGCCACCGGGCCAAGAACCUUCAGCGCGUUCCUGGCGCUCGCCAAGACGAACACGAACACGAACACGACCGCCGCGUCGUCCAAGUUCGCCGUCGUAUCGGAUCUGUCCUCCUCGGGCAAACCGCUGCCGACGCUGUUCGUAAUCCUGAUCGCCGUGAUCGGCGCGCUGGUGCUCGCGCUGCUCGGCCUCGGCGUGUACCUCGUGCGUGUGCAGCGCCGGAGCCGGCGCGCGGGGCAGCGGCAGCUGUACACGAGUGUCGGCGCGCCGCUGUUCGCCGCCGCCGCUGCGUCAGUCACCCCGACACUUUGUUUAUCUUGUUUUUGCUGACCCGGGUGAACAGGGAGAGCGGGACCCGGUACUCGACGUCGAAGGAGGCGUACGCUGAGGACACGCCGUUCGCGUCUGCGCAGGGUAACCUCAGCCACGGCCCGUAUUACGACCCGCACGAGCCGGGCCGCAACGCUGCGACGCCGCCGCCCGGGCCCGGGCGCGUGUGAGCGUGCGGGGAGGGCACCCAGUGUAUUUUUUGCCUAUUUGAGUACGGACGCUAGUUGUUAUUUAUAUACUAUCAUUGACCCAC